AUAAAUAUUUUGAGACAUUUUACUGAAGAUUCAAUAUGGCUACUGUACAACCAAAAUAUAAUUUUGGGCUUCUGCAGACUCCAAUGUCAAAUAUCUCUGGAUAUGAAUCAGAAACAAGCACUGAUGUUUUUCAAAGGAUUCCAAGACAGAAUGUUGAUCAUCUGCUCAAGGGUGCAGGGCAUGCAUCAAGUAAAUUCCCUGCAGCUUCUGGCUUGACUUCAAAUACAUCAAGUACAAGUGUUGCUGGUGUGAGGAAGAGAGGAAAAGGUUUAGGGUAUACCACUCCAGGCUCUACCAGUGCUCUGAGAACUCCAGCUUCCCGUCGGACACCAGGCAGCCUCAGCUACAGUACAACUACUCCCAGGGAUUCCACAACUGCAGUGAUUGUUGCUAUUGUGGAAGGCCGUGGAUUAGCCAAGGGAGAGAUAGGACUGGCCAGUCUGGAUCUCAAGUGCCCACACCUUACACUGUCUCAGUUCUCAGACACUCAGACUUAUGUUAAAACUAUCACUAAGCUUCAAAUCCUACAACCAAUAGAG